CGACCCGUAUUUUAAAUCUCGGAAGUGCUGUUGUUUACGGAAUCAGAAGGAAAUGCGAUAGCUCAACGGAAACCAAUUGUAACGUUAUAUUAUAGCUAAACCAUUGUCUUUCUUGUGUUUCAAACCCAAUCUUGCACUACACAUAAAAUCUAUGCAUGUUGAAUGUGUCAAUUUCAUGUUUCCGAUAAUUACUUAUCAGAUGGUGUUCGUAAUCAAAACUAGUGCAGCAGGCUAGUUAGCUAACGCUGACGUUACAAACGACUCUCCAGUUUGUUUAACAUUAGGUUUGGUCUGAUGGAAAUAGCCACGCGGUAAAUUUGGACCAACAAAUGUACGUCUACAACCUGUUUAACACUAAGAGCCGAGUUUAAGAAACUGGCACAUCCAUUGAAGGGAAAUUGACAUUGGCUGUAGCCAACAAAUCUCACCCCACGUCGAAAGUUCCAUUCUCUUCAGUUUACUGGAAAUAAACAACUGUUCAGUGUUAUCACACAUUGUAAUCAUGGCUGAGAGUAUAGUGACGUUUCAGUCCCAACUUUCUGGUGUAAUGGAGACGGUCUUUAAGGCCGCCAUGUAUGAGAUCACCCGGCUGGUGGAGGAUAGCUUUCUGGAAGAGGUAACACGGUGCAGGGAGCAGGUCGAGUCCCUGAAGAGGCGACUGAAGUGGUCUGAGGGUCGGCGCAAGGAAAGAGAGGGAGACAGACGGGGGAGGUGCAUUGAUUGCGGGAGAGUAGCGGGGUCCGGUGAAGAGAAAUCCAGAGCUACAGAGAAAAGCCUGAAACAAGAGAGUAUGCUGCAGGAAGAAAUAAGCUCCCAUGGAACUGAUGUGGAGACACCUGAUCAUGAAGUGGAAGAGGCGAAACCAGAGGCCCACAGUGCCAUAAUGGCAACACAGUCUCCAGGUGUACAAGGUGAAAAGUUGGAUAGGCUGCUCAAGGAGGAAGCCCUUCACAUCACACCAGAAACCAAUGAGUCCCAAGGGAGAUGGGGAGUCAAUUUGGAUGAAACAGACACAUCAGGUCUGCCGGGGACCAGUAAACGUGACCAAAAGAUCCCAAAGUGCCAUGUGAACUGGGAAACUGGCUUUGACCAGAGGCCGGAAUCAGGCCAUCAUGGACACUCAGGUGACCCAUCUGAACCACUUUUCCAGAACAGAUAUGGCAUGGAAGACUUGAGUGGCUUUGACAAGACUGGCUAUGGCGAUGCCAGCAUGAUAGAAAUGGAUAACUUAGAUGGGUUACAAGGAUCACCAUCCCACCUGGGUGAGGAUCUGAGUUACAUAGGCCACUAUGAGGGGAACAUGGAAGCACCUGAAGGAUCUGAGCAUCAAGCAUACCAAGCAGAUGCCAGAGGGAAUAGAAGAGGCCUGGUCAGUCCUCCUGCAGGCUCACCCUCGAGGACUAACAUUGAUGUAAGUGGAGAGUUCAGCUGUUUAUUGAUUAAUGAGGAAGGGUAUCUACAGGACCCGAGUAUCCUGUACCCUGGACAUGUGUCUGGUGAUUCAGGUGGCAGAUUGAGCUUCAGGGGCCAGGGCACUCGAAUUGACCCUUCUUUAGACAGCACAGAGGAUAUAUAUAGUGCCUCAGAUACAUACAGUGACACCUUAAACUUGGGAGAGAGGUUGCAGCAUCAGGCAGCAGGAAGAGGAGGGAGGAGACACACUUGUAACCAGUGCUCCAUGUCCUUCCCUGAUUCUGCCUCUCUCAAGGCUCACAAACAGACGCAUAAAGGCACCGGACAAGGGCCACCAUACUCCUGCACCCAGUGUGGAAAGACUUUCACUCAAGCCUGUAACCUCAAAGUCCACCAGAGGAUUCACUCUGGGCAGGGGCUUCACCUCUGCAGCCAUUGCGGAAAAGGUUUCCCUUCUUUCUCUGAGCUAAAGACACAUAAAUGUGGCCAAACAGGUGACAAACCGUACUGCUGCACUGUCUGUGGGAACAAGUUCAGCCGCCUCUGGAAUCUGAAGUUGCACCGGAGAAUUCACACACAGGAAAAACCUCAUCGCUGCACCAUGUGUGAUAAGAGCUUCACACGAGCGGACAUACUGAAGGUUCACCAGCGUACCCACACAGGGGAAAGACCAUACUGCUGCGCUGUCUGCGGCCUCAGCUUCAAACGCCUGGAUCAUCUGAAAUCACAUCAGCGCAAACACAUGACAGACCUAUAAAACUAGGGAAGUUUGGGGAAAGAUCAUCAGAUAAUUUAAGAUUCUUUGUGGUAUUAGGAGGUUUAAAAAUUAAUGUUUUUGUUUGUAACUCAGGGUUGUUUUUCAUCAACAUCGCAACAACCCAGUCAUAUUUCUGGUCAGAUCAGUUUUUUUCUUUUCCAUGUCCUCUGGGUUUCAUUCAAGAACUUUUUUGUUGGAAUGAAAAAUGUAGGACAAAAAAAACAUCAAAUAUAUAUAAAUAUAUUUUGUUACUGAAAAAAAUUACUCGCCUUAAAUAAAUUGGCCAAAAAGGCUGAGUACGUCAUCCUUGUGAUUACAUUACAAAUUCACAAUUAAACUAAAAAUGCAUUACUGCUGGAUUUUUUUCUUUCAUUGUUUUCUCAUUAUCGUAUUUAGUUUACCAUGUCUGUAAAUGCUUUCUGUAAAUAAAACAAA